AUUAAACGACAUAAAGUAUAGUGUCUGAGAGUAAGACAUUACAACCUGAACUUAGCACAACAAAACAGCGACGGGGAAGAGAGAGACAUACAAAAAUAAUCAAAAACCCAAACACAUCCACAAAUACAAGUUAAACUUAAAAUAUUCAACAACACAACACAAAACCCCGGAAUCAACGCUCUCCAUUUGUCAUAACAAAUCUAAACCACCGAUCCAAUCCAAUCCAACCACGACACAACCUAAAAACACCAACGUUGACAUUGUCUUCCAUUCUUCCGUUUCCAUUUUUUCUGCAGGGUUCUUCCUCAGAUCCCUGCAUUCAAUCACAGGGUUGAAUGUAAAUGAAUGUUGUCGUUCGACUACGGAUUCAUUCGGGGAACGUGAAGGAAUGUCUUGAACUUAAAUGAAGAAAGAACUUGCAUGGCCGCAGUUCAUAAGAAGUCAUUUGAUCAUGGUUGGAUCAAGACCCCGAUCACACUUAAAGAGGCCUAAUUGGAUUGUUGUUUUAGUCUUCAUAGUGUUUUUUUUUCUGAUUGCUGCUUAUAUUUAUCCGCUGUGGAGCCUCUCCUCGACGUGUUCUUUCUUUAACCCUCAAGGUUGUAGUUUUGUUGGUGGUAGUGGUAGUACGUAUAGUCGGCCACCACCUGUACAGACACGGGAAUUCUCGGAUGCAGAAGUUGAAUCUCGGGUUGUUAUUAACGAAAUUCUUAAGUAUUAUCCUGUUCAAACCAAGGUCCCUAAAGUUGCGUUUUUGUUUUUGACUCCGGGUUCAUUACCUUUCGAGAAACUAUGGCACAUGUUCUUCCAGGGCCAUGAAGGCAAAUUCACUGUCUAUGUACAUGCAUCGAAGGAAAAACCGGUACAUGUCAGCUCCUAUUUUGUUGGUCGAGACAUCCACAGUGAACCGGUAACUUGGGGAAAAGUUUCAAUGGUUGAAGCUGAAAGGAGACUUUUGGCAAAUGCGCUUUUAGACCCUGAUAACCAACAUUUCGUCUUGUUGUCUGAUAGUUGUAUUCCGGUGCGCCGCUUUGAUUUUGUGUACAACUACUUGUUAUUAACAAGUGUCAGCUUUAUUGAUAGCUAUGUGGAUCUCGGUCCUCAUGGAAAUGGCAGGUAUAUGGAACGUAUGUUGCCUGAAGUAGAAAAGAAAGAUUUUCGAAAGGGUUCACAGUGGUUCUCCAUGAAACGACAGCAUGCUAUAAUAACUAUGGCAGACAGCCUCUAUUUUACAAAAUUCAAACAUCAUUGCAGGCCGAAUAUGGAGGGAAACCGCAACUGCUAUUCCGAUGAGCAUUACUUGCCAACCUUUUUUAAUAUGAUUGAUCCAGGCGGAAUCGCGAAUUGGUCAGUAACAUAUGUUGACUGGUCUGAAAGAAAAUGGCAUCCUAGGUCAUUCAGGGCUCAAGAUAUUACUUACCAACUCAUGAAAAAAAUAGCAUACAUUGAUGAAAGUCCACAUUAUACAAGUGAUGCAAAGAGAACUGUGGUGAUUACACCUUGUGAAUUAAACGGCUCAAAACGAUCGUGUUAUCUAUUCGCACGGAAGUUUUAUCCAGAAACUCAAGAUAAAUUGAUUAAACUUUUCUCAAACUCUACAACAUUCUAAAGUAUUCAUACAACACUUUAUCAUUCUUUGGCGAGUCAACACCAUGUCGUCCCCGGUACCAUCUUUUGCACAUAUAUAUCUUAUUUCGAGAAGUUCCUGAGGCAGAUGGAUAUAUUUAUUAGGGCAUAGAUCAAAAUUUGCUUUUCUGAGGCUUGAUGGAACUGAUGAGCUUGUCCAUGGUUGGAAAAUUUGUUGUUCCUAUUUUACACUUUGUAUUUGAAACGUCAUAGAUUUCUCGAAAAGGAUGAAAAGUUUUGGUUUCUUUGAUAGGCUAAAGAGGGAGGGAAAAGGCCUGGUCUUGAUUUGACUCUAGAAGCUAACUGUUAUUUAUUAAGGCACAAAUAUUUGGUUUUGUAUGAAGAUUCAUUUAUAAAAACCAUUGUUUUGAGCGU